UCUCCUUCUCCUAUUCUGCAUAUAUACAUACAUAUAUACAUACAAAAAAGCUCCACCCCUCCCCCACCCUGAAAUAAUGAAUAGCGGCGGCAGUUUGAGCAUGGUGGAGGCGAAAUUGCCACCGGGGUUCAGGUUUCAUCCCAGAGAUGAAGAGCUGAUCUGUGAUUACUUGGCCAAGAAGAUCAACGGCUCCGGUGAUCCCCACCACCUCCGACCACCUUUCUUGAUCGAAGUUGACCUUAACAAGUGCGAGCCUUGGGACAUUCCUGGAAUAGCAUGUGUUGGAGGAAAGGAUUGGUAUUUCUACAGCCAACGUGAUCGGAAAUAUGCAACCGGACUACGCACAAAUCGAGCAACAGUGUCGGGAUACUGGAAAGCCACCGGAAAAGAUAGGCCGGUGAUUAGUAAAGGAACUCUAGUAGGAAUGAGAAAAACCUUAGUAUUUUACCAAGGAAGGGCUCCAAAGGGAAGAAAAACCGAUUGGGUAAUGCAUGAGUUUCGCCUAGAAGGUCCCCUUGGUCCACCUCCACUUUCUUCUACUAAGGAAGAUUGGGUGUUAUGCCGGGUUUUCCAUAAGAGCAAAGAAAUCCCCGGUGCCAAACAAGGAAUAGUGAGUGGCGGCGGCGGCGGCUACAACGCCACCUACGACCACCAUCACGACGGCGUAGCCAUAACCUCUUCAUCUCUCCCGCCAUUAAUGGAUCCCUACGGCGGCAUUUCCUUCAACCAAACGCACCCUAACAACGCCACCGCUCUUCUAAACGACUACUAUGAGCAAGUGCCCUGCUUCUCCAUUUUCUCCCCCAACAACCCCGCCGCAACCGCCGCCGCACCUUCCGCGUUCCACAACCCCACCGCCGCCGCCACCACCACCGUGUUCAACUCCCUGCCGCCCGAUAUCUGCGCGUAUUUCAACUCCGCGUCUUCUUCUUCCACCGACAAGAACGUGAUCAAAGCCGUUUUGGGCCAUUUAAACAUUAAUUAUAACAACAACAACAACAAUAAUAAUAAUAAUAAUAAUAUGAUUAAUAAUAAUAAUAAUGUAAAUAAUAUGGUGAACGUGAAAGGCGGAGGUUCUCCCAGCUUUGGGGAAGGGAGUUCGGAGAGUACGAGCUUCUUGUCCGAGGUUGGGUUGAAUAGCAUUUGGAACAAUGAUUACUGAUUUUUUUUUUUUAAAUGGGUGGGCCCGAUUCGAAUUCGGGUUCGGAUGGAGCUAGCUUUCGUCCACAAAAAUUGUCUAGAUACGACUUUACAAGUUUACUUUUAAAUUUUUAGAUGAUUAGCAUUGUUUAAGUGUGAUUUGAGGCCCUGGCUAAGUAAUUUGCUAUGGAUAGGUAGGAUUAGUGAUUGUCAAAUCAAUGUACAAAGCUCUCUUAUAGUUGUGUAAUCGACUCUUGUCUAAUUACAAACUUUCA